AUGAGAAUAAUCCUGUUAAUCGUUUGUUCUCUUCUACAACAUGUUUUCGGCUGUCUUGUGCUACAGGACUACGUGAAAGCAAAUAUGACGGAUUGUAAAUGCCCAACAGUUAACUUCUUGACUCAACAUGACAUUCAAAACAACGAAGGAGGAAAGUAUUUGAAGGAUCAUCAAGUGUGGAAUCCCGUCAUUGAUGCUGGUGAGGAUUGCUUGAUGUGGAUCACGUGUAAACCAGUUCCUGGAGUCAGUUCAUUCCUUACUGUGCUCUUCAGAAGCUAUGGUCCUCCAAUAUACAUUAACCGAGUGGUGGCAAAUCAAUCUACGUUUGCCCCACAACCAAGAACAAUUGGCGACUUGUAUUGUAGAGAACACAUGAGUGGUUUUUCCAAGAAGCCGUUGUCAAAGAUCUUUCUUUUGCCUGUGUCGCUGACUCACACAGCUGUGAUUGUCCACAAAUUGAAGUUGAUACGGACUCGGGAGCGAUUGUUGAGAAUCGAAGGCCAUUGGCCACUGACCAAUGUGGUUAUAUCAGUGCAAGAUGUCCUGUCAGUAACGACAGUGUCAUUGAUAAACCAUUUUUAUAUUCUACUACAACUGACGCAAUAUAUAGCGGACAAGGCAAAGGAAAUUACGCUUCAUUGCUUUACCGGUAUGAAGAUCUUUUUUGUGCAAGAGGGAAAGAACUCACAUGGUACAUUGGAAACUUGAAGUUAGAAAAUCCAGUCGUAAAAUGCAAUACCGACAUAGAAGUAUACAAUGAGACGGCUAGCACGAACUGUGGAGUGUUUAAAGCUGUCAACAGUUUGAAAGAUGUUAAACCGCAUCACAUAAUUGGUGUCUAUUCACAAGCAUGGCUGGGGAACAGUACAUAGACUGCUGGCGAACAAUUCCAGAUCACCUGUGAGCCAGAAUACAAACCAGUGGUUUACAGUUACAACAAUCAACCCAUUGAGAUCUCCGACCAGGCACCAGUGAUUAAAUGCGCCUACAAUCCCCUGACCAACUUUGCCUCAAUGUGGGUUGCGAACGGGAUUAGAGUUCUUGAGCAAGCUGGAGCAUGUAUGAAACUUCAACCUGAAAACGUUUUGAAAGU